AUGAAAAGAAGUCGUACCCUUUUCGAAGCCGGGGAAGAUGCGUCGUCCGCGUCGUCCCCGCAGGGCCCUCCCCCCCUCCCGAGGGUCCCCGAACUGGGUGCCCGGCAAGGCCCCACGCACUUCCCCAAGAUCUCCCGGCGCAUACGCGCCUGCACCGAGUGUAAGAGACACAAGGUGCGAUGUGACAUGAACGAGGGCGACGCCGCCUGCCACCGAUGCUGUCGGAUGGACUUGAAGUGCGUUGUCAAUAAGAAUCUCCAAACGUUGUUGGACGAUGAGACAGAGUGGAAAACGAUCAUGGAGCGCGCCAUGUCCGAUCUUCUCCGGAAGGCUGGCCUCCCGGAUCUGGCCUCUUACCAAGCGCGGGGAAGCCCCGCGGAUGGCCAGACCCCUCCCCGGAAGAGAAGAGACCGACAGGACUCGACCGUGUCCCUGGAAGACCCCGUGAGCAUGACGAACGGUGGCCAGAGGAUGGAGUCUGCUGAGGCGGGUGUCCCCUCCGUGACCGCCCCGCCGACGACCGCCGCGCCGCAGACCUUCUCGCAGCCGACGCAAUAUGCUCUCGACCGCGAGGAGAACGGGACGUCGUCGUUGGUCACGGCGCCCAUGGGGAGCCUGUACGAAGUGACGCAGUUGAGUGACAUUCACGCGGGCACCCCUGAACGACAGCAUGCCCUAAACGGAGCGCUCGUCACGGACUUCAUAUCCAAGGGAGUGGUCGGUGUCGACGAGGCGGAGGAAUUGUUCGACUACUUUGACCAGGUGCUGAACCGAUAUCUGUGGGACGGAAUUGCACUGGUGCAUAAGGACCUCACGUCGGCGCGGAAUUCCUCUUCGAUGCUUUCCGCUGCCAUCUUGGCCGUGACGGCUUUGCAUAGGCCCCACAAGGAACGGACGUUCGACAUCUGCUACACCGAGUUUGCCAAGUUGGCGUCGGAGUCGAUGUUGGACCGUCACCAUACCUUGGAUGAUCUGCGCGCGCUCUGCAUCGGCGCCUUCUGGCUGGCCGACGUCAGCUGGAAGCUGUCGGGAUAUGCCGUCCGCAUUGCGACCGAGCGUGGCCUGCAUCAGUCGUAUCGGAAGGCCACUCUGGGGUUGCCUGAACAUGUGGAGCAGGCCCGACUGUGGUAUCUUCUUUACACCCUCGAACAUCAUUUCUCAAUUGCGUACGGACGACCGCCCAUCAUCCACGAAGACCAGAGUAUCAUCAACCAUCACACCUUCACCCUCUCCCCGACCGCGCCGCAGUCCGAUCUGCGAUUGCACAGCCAGGUCGACCUGUUCAUCAUCCUGACCCGGAUCUAUCAUGCCUUCGGGCCCGAUGUCGACCUCGAGGUCCCCGAGAGUGAUUUUCCAACCAUCGACCAAUUCGACACCAACCUCGCGGAGUGGCAGGCGGCGUGGUUUCCCCGAUUAGUGGGCAGCCGGUAUGUCGGAGCGUACCCAUAUCGGGCCGUCUACCUACACUACAACUUCUCGCGGCUGCAACUCAACUCGGUAGCGCUACGGACCUACCACUCCUCGACGUCGACCCGGCCCAUGUCCGAGGCGCGGCGCAAACGCGCGAAUUUAGCGAUCGAGUCGGCGAUCGGCACCCUCCGUGUCGUGCUCGACGAGCCAGACAUCCAAGCAGCGCUGGUAGGCGUGCCACUAUACCUCCACAGCAUGAUCACUUUCGCGGCAGUCUUCCUGCUAAAGAUCGCCGCCAAAUGCUGCUCCUGCGGCCGCCGCGGGGCUCCCGGACCUCCAAACUCGAUCGCGGCCGCUGGCCUCGCCAUCGACAACGCCUCGGUGCGCACUCUAGUCGGCCAGGUCAUCGACCUGAUGGUAUCGUGCAGCAAGCGCGCCAGCGAGCGUCACCUCAGCCACCACAUUGCGCGCGGCCUGCGCAAGAUGCUCACUGGCCUGGAAGAGUGGGAGAAGCGGACCGCCGGCAGCCCGCCGUCAUUAUCCUCCUCCUCCGCCUCCUCUUUCCUAGGGGCGGGCCGGCCACACUCACACGACCCGACCCCGCUGUUCAAGCCAGUCAUCAUCCCGGGCUCCCAGCCUCUAGGAGCGGGAGACACUAUCCUCCACCCUCCGCCGCCGCUGCUGGGGGUGGCGCCGCUGUCGGCGGAACGCGGUCACGGCUUGGAACCGCCGGCGGCGGCGGAGGCGGAUAAACCGCAGCCUGGUCUGUCGGAGGGGUCGAUCGACCCUAUGAUGGCGGAUUUGUGGGGGUUCGAUGAGGAGUAUUUUCCGACGGGGGUGUUUGAUUUUUUGCAGUCCCAGAUGCCGGCAUAAUUCUCUGUCCUCUGUGAAUGAUUGAUCUGCUGGUUAGAUGUAUAUCAGGGUGUAUGGUGGAGAUAUAGUAUAUGAUGCUGUAUUAAUGGGUGGCUUAGGAUUGUAUAUACAUUUAUGGUAAGGGUUGUCUGUUUGGGUUUGUUUUACUCUUGUUGAUACUAUUGUUUGUUCUGAGAAUGACAUGUAUACUCCAGCCGCAAAUAUCUC